AGUGCGGUUAAGCGGUUCCCCGGAAAGAUUUACCUACUUGUGGACUUCAUAUAUAAAUACAGUAUGCUUGCUCACUGUAUCAGACGUAUUCUCGGACUAUCGAGCACCAUCUUCCGUAAACCCUUACUCUCUUCAACUUCUCUAUCAUCGAAAUGCCAGCCGACGACUCCGACCUCUUUGGAACGUAUACGGCUGACCCCGUAAUCGACUCCGAGAAAUUCCUAAUUGCAAACCGAGAACACAAUGAAGUUUUCAACGACAACGGCUUCGUAGUGCGAGCGCGUGCCACAAACGGUGAAGACGUCCACCUGUGGAUGUUCAUCUACCAGCAAAAGGGCCCAGAAGUCAUUGUAGAUGGCAACAUCACACAAACCCUUCUUGUGUCUGCCAAGUUCGGCGAUGGAGAAGAGAAGGUGGUUCAGGACCGGCCGUACGUGAACAAGGGCCAGAACAUCGAUGACUACCUCCCCUAUGGCAGCUUGCAGGUCACCGAAGCUCCCGACGAAACAACAUGGGAGAAUGGCGGACGGGUCUUCAUCAACAAACCGCCAAAUUGGUACGUUAAAGGCACCCACGCUGGUGUGACGGUCGAUCUGCACUUCAAGCAGCGCGGGAAGGCUUUCUACCACUGCGGCAAGUUUGAGGAUCUCACCACGGACGAGAAAGGCAUCGCCGGCUACAUUGUCCAUGCCUACGUAACCGGCACUAUCGAGUUUGCUGGAAAGAAGCUCGAGAUUGCGGAGGGUCACGGCAUCCACGAGCGGAUCAUCAUGUACGGCGUUAUCCCGCCACGAAUCGACUACAUGGGCGGCCGCGGGUCGCAUUGGAUGCACGGCUGGGGCAAAGGCUUCUCCUGGUACAUUCUUAACAAGGCGCAGUCCCAGAGCGCUACCAUGAUGAUCAACCUCGACAACAAGACGUACGGUGUACAUGGAGAAGCUGCUACCAUUGAGGAAAUCGGACACUGGCUAGACCCCAAGACAAACCAGAUCAACCCGUGCAAAUGGAGAGUUCAGGGUAAGGUCGAGGCGGGAACAUUCGUCGCCAUUGUGACUGGGUAUGGUCGUGCUUACUACAACUGGGUCCGAAGAGGUGGUGUGCUGCUUGUGCAUCAGUGGGUCUGCGACUCCAAGGCAACAUUCAGGCGGAACGAUGGCACGGUCAUUGAGGAGGAUCAGGUUGCGAGUUGCGAGUAUAUGCGGACGUUGUACAACCAACCCAGAAACAAUCUGGUGCCCGACGCGGUGAGGAACGCCGACGUCAUAAAAACUAUCUCGAAAUAGCUUUGUAUAUAAGGGUCUUCUUUUAACAGGUAUUAAGAGAUCUAGACUUCUUCAAUUGCAGUGUUCCCGCCUCAUUGAAACCUCCUUGUAGCCUUCCAAGC